ACGGUGGCCCUAUUUUCUUCUCUCAUCCGACCUCACCCUACAUAUCUUAAUUAUAUAAGUGUUUCUAGAAAAAGAAACUGAUCUAUCUGAGAGAGAAAGAGAGAGGAGUUGAUAAAAACUCGCUGUGGCUUCCGGCGAAUACGCUGAUAAAUAAUAUAGUUUUCCGACGAUUUCGGAAAUCAGAUUUGUAUCAGCCUUCUAUAUUUUUCUAUAAUUACUUAUACCAUCUAAUCGUUUCCUCGAUCCAAUUGGUUCUUCGUCGUGAUUUUGCCCUAUCAUUUUUAUACCCACGACGAAGAUCCCAUAUGGCCGGGAAAUCUCCCCAACCCACCCAUUCCGACGUCGUAUAACCCGUUCGUCGGACGGUGUUUGAUUCUACACGAAACUGGGACUUGGGAGGUGUGGAUUUUGUCAUUCAAUUGAUCGGUGGGUCUUGAUUAAUGGUCACGAAAAAACAACAGAUCGCCUUCCACGGAUCUCCAAUGGAACGCCGGCAGUUUUUGUUAGAUCCAGAGGAGUGUUCAUCCCGUGGUAGUCACCACCGCUUAGCCGAGGUCGCCGGAGGAACCACAGCUGAAUGUGCAGCGGUGGUCUGCUGCUUCCCCUGCACCGUCGUUAACUUUUUGGUGUUGGCCGUGUACAAGGUUCCGGCGGGUUUGUGCCGGAAGGCUUUAAGAAAGAAGCGGCGCCGCCGGCUCAAGAAGAAAGGGGUAUUGAUCCAAACUUCGCAUGGCGUUGACGGGAUCAGCAUCGAUGGGACGGAGUUCUCCCUCCAUACGGCGGCGGCCGAUCGGUUAGUUGUGAAAUCGAUGGACUCUGACGAAGAUUUAAUCGAGUUAGAAAAUGAGAUGUGGGAGACGUUCUACGGAACCGGGUUUUGGAGAAGUCUCUCUCAAAGGAUCGAUUGAAAAUGAUCCGGUCAGCCUCGUAGACCACAAACCUAAACCGCCUUGCAAUUCAUGCUUGUACUGUACAAGUCUGCACUCCCAAUACAAACUAAUAGAGCGUAAAAUCCAGCUUUGUUAUAAGUACAUAUUUACCCUCCCUAUCCCAUGCAAGAUUCUUUCGAUUUGUAGGAGUGAAAAUAGGCAAAAUCCAGAAUUUGGGUUUGUUUUGGUUUAAAGAGAAAAAAAAAAGUUUUUUUUUUCUUUUUCAAUUUUGAGUAUAUAUAUUCAUUUGAACUUUUAUGUUAAAUCUUAUAUGAAAAUGAUUUGAUGUUUUCGAUCCA